AUGGAAUUACAGUCUUGUUCCAUUUAGCCAUUAUACCUGUUUAUUUACAAGAGUUUGUAAGAAAUCUGUGUCAGUAUACAGGAUUUUGCCCCCGCUUGUCUUUUUAUUUAAAAGGGAAUUUUGCUGGGAUCUAACCAGAUUUUUUAGUCCUCUCAUAAACCUUAGAGUCUAAGACAUAGGCCCAGUUUUUCCGCAAGUUAGAAACCGGACUGCCUAUAGUUGAUUAGCUUAUUUAUUAUUACUUAAAUCUGGAACAUCGUUUCACAAUUUCCUUUAACGACCGCCUUUGGCAAACUGGAUGCCAAGUGCGCCGGUAGCGUUACGCAGCUCUAACGGAGCAGUUUCCCUCCAGGUAGAUAGGGGGCAGUCAACUUUUAGAGUCUUUUCCCUCCAGCCAGGGUACGUCACGAUCUACAACCAACUUCACUAAUGCGCAGGCGCGGACGGAAGCGCGCACCGUGGAGCCGAGGGUGGGGUCACGAACUCUGACCCCCCCAAAUACACAAAUCUAGAAACUUCCCUCCCCCACUUCUCUUUACCCUGCAACUUUCUCCAACCUGUUUCUUCUCGGAACCCCCAAGCAGCCGUUGCAGCGGGACCGUCCGGUCUAUGCCCGCUGCAGGACGUAGCUUGGCCGAGAAGCGCCGAUGGCUCUCAACAUGAAGUUUGCAAAAUACUGCUUUGGAUGACAGCAGCCUGCGAAUGGGAGUGGUUGGGAAGAGUAAGGGGAAAGCUGAUGCUGGGAAAAGAAAAUGAACUGUAUCUGAUGUAGUCAAAGGAGCAGACUUAAAAUUUUGAACCUGAAUGAAAGAAGGAUGGCACCACUAUGCCAUCUUCCACAUCAAAUCCACUUCCGUGGGGACGGACAUUUUGGCAAUUAACAUGGCAACUAUAGAAGAAAUUGCACACCAAAUUAUUGAACAGCAGAUGGGAGAGCUUGUUACAGAGCAGCAAACUGGCCAGAAAAUCCAGAUCGUGGCAGCACUUGAUCAUAAUACACAAGGCAAGCAGUUCAUCCUGACAAAUCAUGAUGGCUCUACUCCAAGCAAAGUCAUCCUGGCCAGGCAAGAUUCCACUCCAGGGAAAGUUUUCCUCACAACUCCAGAUGCAGCAGGUGUUAACCAGUUAUUUUUUACAACUCCCGAUCUGUCUGCACAACACCUCCAGCUCUUAACAGAUAAUUCUUCAGCAGACCAAGGACCAAAUAAGUUUUUUGAUCUUUGCGUAGUAUGUGGAGACAAAGCAUCAGGGCGUCAUUAUGGAGCAGUAACUUGUGAAGGCUGCAAAGGAUUUUUUAAAAGAAGCAUCCGAAAAAAUUUAGUUUAUUCAUGUCGAGGAUCAAAGGACUGUAUUAUCAAUAAACAUCAUCGAAACCGCUGUCAAUACUGCAGGUUACAGAGAUGUAUUGCGUUUGGAAUGAAACAAGACUCUGUUCAGUGUGAAAGAAAACCCAUUGAAGUGUCACGAGAAAAAUCUUCCAAUUGUGCCGCUUCAACUGAAAAAAUCUACAUCCGCAAAGACCUUCGAAGUCCAUUAACUGCAACUCCAACUUUUGUAACAGAUAGUGAAAUUGCAAGGUCAGCAGGACUAUUAGAUUCUGGAAUGUUUGUGAAUAUUCAUCAGUCUGGAAUAAAAACUGAGUCAGCUGUGCUGAUGACACCAGAUAAGGUUGAAUCCUGUCAGGGAGAUUUAAGUACCUUGGCCAGUGUGGUUACAUCAUUAGCAAAUUUUGGAAAAACUAAAGGUCAUUCUCAAAAUAGUAAUGAAAUGCCUAUGAUUGAAAGCUUAAGCAAUGGUGAUACCUCUUUGUGUGAAUUUCACCAAGAAAUGCAGACCAACGGUGAUGUUUCGAGGGCAUUUGACACUCUUGCAAAAGCAUUGAAUCCUGGAGAGAGCACAGCCUGUCAGAGCUCAGUAGAGGGCAUGGAAGGAAGCGUACACCUAAUUGCUGGAGACCCAAGCAUAAAUUACAUCGAAAAAGAAGGGCCACUUCUCAGCGAUUCACACGUAGCUUUCAGGCUCACCAUGCCUUCUCCAAUGCCUGAGUACCUGAACGGGCACUACAUCGGGGAGUCUGCCUCCAGACUACUGUUCUUAUCAAUGCACUGGGCACUUUCAAUCCCUUCCUUCCAGGCUCUAGGGCAAGAAAACAGCAUAUCAUUGGUGAAAGCUUACUGGAAUGAACUUUUUACUCUUGGUCUUGCCCAGUGCUGGCAGGUAAUGAAUGUGGCAACUAUAUUAGCAACAUUUGUCAAUUGUCUUCAUAGUAGCCUUCAACAAGAUAAAAUGUCAACAGAAAGAAGAAAGUUAUUGAUGGAGCACAUUUUCAAACUACAGGAGUUUUGUAACAGCAUGGUUAAACUCUGCAUUGAUGGAUAUGAAUAUGCUUACCUAAAGGCAAUAGUACUCUUCAGUCCAGAUCAUCCUGGCUUAGAAAACAUGGAACAGAUUGAGAAAUUUCAAGAAAAGGCAUAUGUGGAAUUCCAAGAUUAUAUAACUAAAACAUAUCCGGAUGACACCUACCGGUUGUCCAGACUACUACUCAGAUUGCCAGCUUUGAGACUGAUGAAUGCUACCAUCACUGAAGAAUUGUUUUUCAAAGGUCUCAUUGGCAAUGUACGAAUUGACAGUGUUAUCCCACAUAUUUUAAAAAUGGAACCUGCAGAUUAUAACUCACAAAUAAUUGGUCACAACAUUUGAAAGCUGAGAUCUCAGUAUAAACUAAUUGUUCAUUCCCAGAACAGAAGACACCAAAUUGAACUCAUUGCUUCCAGAACAUCUGGAAAAUUUGACUGGAAAAGGGUAACCAAAAACCAAGUUGUUUUUAUUUUGAUUUACUUAAGAAGGAUUUUUGAAGUGACUGGGCAGGUAACAGGAAUUGGUAAUUUCCCUUCCUGGCUUAUUUACGUGAAUAGGGAAUACUAACAAUUUAUUCUGCCUCAUCUUAGUAUCUAAACCAAGAUCUCUUUAUAUUUUAUUUUAUAAAACAAAUAAAUUAGGCUUUUUUUCCCUCA